AUGGGCUCAAAAAUCCCAACGAUUGAUUUCAGUCGGUUCCUUACAGGAUCUGCACAUGAUCGUUGGCACACUGCCUCUGCAGUGGAUGCUGCGCUAAAAUCUGUUGGCUUCUUCUACCUUAUUGGCCAUGGCAUCGACCAGGAUAAGAUUGAUACAUGUUUUGAGAUGAGUAAACGAGUCUUUUCUCUCCCGCACUCUACGAAGGAAGCUCUCUCUGCAGCACCACACUCGUUCGCGCAGGGUUAUUGUGGAAUCGGCAAUGAGAAGAUUCGUGGUAAGAAGGGUAUGAAAGAGAGCUUUGAUAUUCGCAAUCCCGAGGACGACAUGGUGGGAUUGUGGCCAGAUAAAGAGGAUUUACCCGGAUUUCAGGAUUUUGCUGCAGAGUUCCAUCAGCUCUGUACCGUGCUUAUGGAUAAAUUACUGGAAUGCCUAUCGAUCGCGCUUGAUCUGGACAACAAAGAUGCUCUCAACCGAUAUCACUCCGGGUCUAUGCAUACAUCAAGUCUAAUCCACUACCCUGCUGUGUCUACACAGUGUCUACGGGUUGGUGAAAUUGUCCGAAAUGCAGCGCACUCCGACUUCGGUACCUUGACACUACUUUUCCAACACAACGUUGGUGGUCUCGAGAUUGCCGAUAUGAGCUCGACGGACAAGAUAACGACAUCUGCGGUCGAAAAAGAUGCGAUUUUCAUACCCAUCGACCCGAAACCUGGGACAAUUGUGGUCAAUGCUGGUUACCUGCUGAUGCGAUUGACAAAUGGGCGGUGGAAAAACGCUGUUCACCAAGAGGUGGAACCUUCGCAUUUUAUCGGCGACUGGGGCUCUCAAGAGAGAGCGGACUUCGAUGAAAUGACCCCAGAGAGAUACAGUAUCGCCUUUUUCGGCUUUCCUGAUGCGGCUACAAUUGUUGAGCCUCUUCCGUCCUGCUGCAGUGUUGAGAUGCCGAAGCGAUGGGGUCCGAUAAAUGCAGGCGAGUAUCUGCUGAAGAAAAGGGCAGCGGUAUAUUCCCAAAAUGUGCUCUAG